AUGGCGUUUGGUCGCAAGCUGGGCGGUAUCCAGACGCGCCUCGUAGCCUUCCGGGCUCUCCAUGGCUUUUUCAUCGCCCUCUACACACACCGCAAACCCUCCGUUGCUCCUACACCCACUCGUUCGCAUAUUCUUACGCUUGCGAACGUCGACAAUGUACCCGCCCCGGUUAUCAUGAAAAAGAAUGUAGGAACGCUCGGCAUCCUGGGGCGCCUCGUUGCUGGCCAGCCACUGGUACAGAGCCGUGGUUUGCUUCCGUGGGGGGUGCUGCAAGCAUGGGCGCAACCAUCGUCGCCCUGGGAGAGAGCAGUUCAGGUGCGACCUAUUUCUGGGAAUUCGCACAUCCGUGGGCCGCCGACGACAACAAAUCGGCUUUGGAUUGCGUCCUCGCCGUGUCUAGGACGCUCUCCCACUUCGCUACUACAAGCACCCUCGCCCCACACGAGUCACAUCCAGCAAAGCGUGACUAGCACAGUCCUCUCCGCUUGGGCUAGGCAUGCAUCAUCCAAAGCAUCGCGCGCGCUCAGGAAGAGCAGAAGCAGCGACCGACGCAACAAGAGUUCACUGACGAACGGCUCGUCCAAGAACAAACGAAACGCCGCGUCGCAGACACCACCAUCCAACUCUCCCUCUUCGUCGAACCCGCCUCCCAAUGCCUCGAAAACACCCGCAAAACCGCAAGAAGAAGCCUCGGGUGCUGCGAAGCCCCUCCUUGAUCGCCUACCCCAUCAUUUGCCACACAUUUACCGCCCGAGCAAAGCAGAGCUCCUAGCGGCAGCAUCCGGCUUUUGGUCUCGAAUAAAGAUUCACUUCAAGUGGCUCACCAUCAGGAGUACACGGCCAUUCAACGCCGACGAAAUAUACGCUUUGUUCUCGUGGAUCAUAGCGGCGCACGUGCUAUGGAUCGUACUGGGUACAACCACCUUCUUCAUGCUGGCCAUCUUCCUGGUCAACACGGCAUUCUCGCAGGAAACAAUUGCCAAGUGGAUUGGCAAUUACCUGACAAAGUCCUCGGGCAUCAAGGUCGUUUUCGAGACUGCUGUGGUGCCUAAAUGGGGAGACGGUGUCAUUUCCUUCCGCAAUGUCUUCGUCUCGCGGCGUCCAGGUCAAGGCAAAGGAAAAGUCAGCAAAGGCUCACAGAUGGAGAUGGCCGCUGCCGCUGCAGCCAGGGCGCAUCCAGAAAAGGAUGCACAGGAUGGAAUCCCAGAUAAGCCCGAGCCAGAGGAGGAUACCAACUAUACCCAAUUCGACAUUUCCAUCGACACCGUCAACGUGACGCUCUCCUUUUCCAAAUGGUUCAACGGCAAAGGACUAUUGGAGGAUGUUGAAAUCAAGGGCAUACGCGGUGUCGUGGAUCGAACUUCUGUCCGCACAAUCGAAGGCGUAGAUCCCAGGUCUUACAAGCACGAACAUAACCCUGGCGACUUCGAGCUCGAAUCCUUCAAGAUGGAAGACCUACUGGUGACCAUCUACCAGCCGAACGGCUUCCGCCCCUUCUCAGUCAGCAUAUUCUCCUGCGAUCUGCCCCAACUACGGAAGCAAUGGCUGUUCUACGAUUUCCUUUCAGCUAACAUGAUGUCUGGUUCCUUUGACAAUUCUCUCUUCACCAUCCACCCGCGUCAAACCCACAACUACACAGGCGCGCAACUGAGUAGUGGUCGCGACAGCGAGGACGGAAGGUCCUGGAAGAAGCACAGCCGUAUACGAAUUGACGGGCUCAAUAUUGAUCACCUUAAUCGCGGACUUGAAGGCCCCUUUUCUUGGAUCCAUGAGGGCAAUGUCGACAUUGUAGCAGAUGUCAUGUUCCCCAAUGACGAUGACGAUAGUAUCGCAAAAGUAAUGUCCGACAUGUACGACCGUGUCGAAGCCACCGUCAUCCAACAGCGCAAACAUCACUUCUCCGACCAUGCAGUCCACGGCUUCGAUGAACAGCACCAUGACGACGCAGACUCUGAAAAGGGGAAAAGAGAGGACAACCGCUACGUGAUCAUGGACAUGCGCGUCCAUCUCAAUGAUGUCCGCGCCGCUGUGCCCAUCUUUACGAGGGACAUCUCCUGGACGCUUUACGACAGCGGACUUAUGGAGGAAGUGUCGAAAGAGAUGUAUGAUGCCUUUGCGCGCGACGUUCUCGAAGACCGAACUACGCGUAAACGUCGGAUAAAAAAGGUUGGCAUUUGGACACUACAACUCGCAGCCCAGGCACUCUUCCUUGGUCUUGCGGGAAACAUUGCGUAA